AUGGAUGACUGGGAAGCCUUUGAUGGCGCUUGCGCCGAGCACGUCCGGCUCUACCGCGCCCACCUGGACACACUCCAGUCCUACCUUCCAGAUACCAAGUCGCCUGACGACGCCACAAGGUGCUACGGGACAGGCGUGAUGCUGCUGCUCGUCGCCCUCGUUGUCGGCGUCUACCGCCCGCGACUCGUCCACUACAUGCUGGCCCUCCCGGCUACACUGUUGUGUCUCUGCUUUGCCCAUGCAUUUGAGAUGCCAGCGCAGUACGAAGUACUGUUGGCACCACUUCUUGGCGCGUUCUUGGCCGAGCACCCCCGCGUCAGCUUCUACGGCCUCACGCUGCACGCGGACAUGAUGCCAACGCUCUAUCUUUUGCCAGCGUGGACGACGCCCGUAAAGAUCGCGACUGCCUUGGCCAAAGCGUUGGCCUAUGUGGGUAUUUAA